AUGCUUCUCCAGGUUGAUCAAUUGUAUGCGCUCUUUUUUGCUUUUUGUAUCGGCAGUCGAGGAGUUGGUGCUCAAUUUUCAACGGUGUUGUUUGCUGGUGAUUAUCCCGUUGUAGCAUAUGCGAUUGGCUCAACUGCAGAUGUUGCCACUACAUAUUUAAUGGCAUGUCCAGCAGGUUCAGAUACCUCAUCAUGUAACUUCCAACAACCAUACCCCCUGACUCAGGGUCCUUCAACCGUUCAAUUUGCAAUGACCUUUCCUGGUUCCACAACAAUGACUCUAGGAUGCGCACUUUCCGGCUCUGCAUCAAUGGCAUGUCUCGCGACUGAAAUAAUUCCGGGCUCCGCUAAAACCGCAAUAACAACCGUGACCGGUGCUGAAGCUACCUCAAGAUUCCGCGCAGUUUCAAUGGCCACGAAUUCUGCAGCUUUACUUACGUAUGCUGCAGGUGCGAACACAACAUCAAGUUCAAACGUGAUGAAAUCUAGUUCUAGUAUGAGAGUAUCAAAGACAAAUUCAGCGAUGAGUACUACUAUUACAUCUGCACCAGUAUCAGGGAUAACAAGUAACGGCACCACUAUUGGAACUAUUAAGCCGAGUUUGUUGUUGGGAACUACGACUUCUUUAACUUCAUUGUCGAGCGUGAGUUGGUCAAGUGGUAGUCCUACCGCUACAACUGUUGCUCCCAAGAGUUCUGAAGCAAGUGGAAUGAGGGCUAGAGUAGGCGAUGGUAUUAGUUUUGGGCUGUGGGGAGUUAUGGGUAUGAUUGGGAUGGGAUUUUUAGGAGCCUGA